UCGUCUGCAUCACAUGGCAUCAGCAGAAACCUUCAUCACAUUCACAUGGGACGGGUAAAUAUGCUGCACAUUUCCAUGAACUUUUGCUGUGAAAUUUGUCUAUCAUGUCUCUAAUUCUUUAGUUUGCAGCCAGUGACUGAGAUAGCAGAAUACCACAGUGUUAUGUGAGUCGGCUUGAAAUAAUUGUCGGAAAUUGUCAUGGACGAAAGAUCUGAGUUAUUCCAUACAUGGACAUGAUGGAGAUUCCUUCAGCACUGUGAAGAUGGCAGUCAGUAUUUGGUUUUCCGCACCUAGCAAGGAACUUAAGCGACUUGUUCGUACAUGCAUUUACUUUACAACACAGAGUCGCAACCCCCAACAUUUUAAACCAUCCUACCUGCUUGAUGAACUAGCUUCAAGAAGUAAAUAUAUUGCAGUCAAUUCUAAAAUAGCUAAUUCCACCCUAAAUACCGAGCAGUGUGCUACAACGUCCAAUCAAAGGGAAUUGUCAAAGUGUAGAGAGCGACACCAAGGUAAAGCGAACAUGAAAUGGCCCAGUAUGCUCUUCCACCAAAGAGGUUUGGACACUAGCAUUGACUGUAGACUCCUCAGUGUUGGCCACCAACUUACAUGUAGAUGGCUGCCAGGCAGUGGAAUUUCAACGCAACCAAUGAGGCUCUUCCACGGGAGCAGCACCGUCUGGGCUGGGCAUAACAAAUGGUCCAAGGUGAAGCACAUCAAGGGCCCUAAAGAUGAUCAAAGGAGUAUUGUCUUCAACAAACUCAUUCUGCAGAUGAGGAUUGCUAUAAGAGAAAAUGGACCAAAUCCUGAAUUGAAUUCUGCUCUGGCAGGUUUAAUAUCCCAGGCCAAGUCAAAAGCUAUGCCAAAGUCGACAAUAGAAGGGGUUCUCAAAGCUCCUGCUAAGAGUGCAGACACACAGCUGCUGUUGGAGGCACGAGGGCCAGGCCAGUCAUGUCUUCUCAUUGAUGUCUUGACAGACAAUGCCAGAAGGACGAGGAAUGAGAUACAACGAAUCUUACAAAAGAAUGGAGGAGACUUUGGCACCAGUCUCUAUGCCUUCACAAGGAAGGGCGUGGUCAAAGUGUUACCACAAAUGGAAGGUCAGGAGAAACCGUUGACCCUUGACCUUGCUGAGGAGGUUGCCAUCGAGGUCGGUGCCGAGGAUGUGCAGGAGACAAGCAACGAGGACGACACUGCCCUGUUCAUGUUCAUCUGUGAUUUGGGGGAUCUCCGAACAGUCCGCAACAAUUUAGCUUCCUUAAAUUAUGCCGUAGAAUCCUCUUCUUUUGAAUACCUACCAGAAACCACGAUAGCGUUAAAUGAUAAGAGCCUAGAGGACACAUUUCUGCUGAUUUCGCUCUUAAACGAUAAUCCAAAUGUUGUAAGGGUAUAUGAUAACGUGGAGAGUUCUGGCUGAAAGGUUGAGGUGUUAAAACUUGGGCUACUGUUUUCAGUUGGGCUGAUUUAGCUAGAAUGACAUCAGUUGGGAGGGAAGGAAUGUUACACGUGGGUAGGUAAUGUAAUGCGAAGAAUAACACAUCACAAAAUCACCAUAAAUUUGAUGACAAAUUCUUCCAUUAGAGCCUAGUGUUAGAGAUGAAUUUAUUAGCAACAAAUAGCAAAUAGUUUGAGACAAAUAUGACAAGGAAAAAACAAACAAAUCAAUGGAGGUAUACGUUUCACUGCCCAGAGUCGUGCCACCAAAGAAUUAUGUGGUCAUUUUUGCUGAAUGUCUAGUGUCCAGCUUCUCAAAUCUGUACCCGUCAUGCAUACAGUCAGGAAAAUGUCUACUGUAUGGAGCUGAACUUUUUCAAGAUGUACUUUAUGUCGGGUAAGGGAAAAACCUGUCAUGAAAAGAUCUAAACUGUGGCGUGCAUUUCUUUUGUCGGUUGUUUUUGCUCUCUUGCUUCUUUUAGAGUGGGACAUGACAAUUUGGAUGUCUGUGCGAGCAAAAGUUUCUCUUUAAUUGUGAAGAAUGCACCCCAAACGGAAGAAAAUGGUUCUUUUCGAGCCCAUGUUUUGAUGCGUGACUGCACCUGCUUGAGUGUUGAUUAGUAGGGAUAAAAUAUUCAACGAUGGCUGUUCAUUGUCAAUUGGGACAGUACUUCCAAAUCAUGUUUCUCAGAAUUAGUUUAAGGUUAAAUACAGGAGGCAUGGACUGAAAAUGAUACUAAGCAAAAGCAGAAAUAUAGCUGUAACAUGUAGCCGUUAGAAUCGGCGUACUUGUAUACCUGGCACCGCGUAGAAUUUGUUUUGUCUUCCUUAAUCUUUGUUUAAUAUGAAGUACAUUAAUAUGACAAAAUGUUAUAGAAUAAAGAGUCGUAAAUUCGAGCCUUUAUCAUGGUGCUGUUCAUUCAGUCUAACUACAAAAUGAAUUUGGGUGCUACAUUUUCCCCCAAACUCUGUAAUUCAAGAUAAAUCUGAAAAUCACAAAUUUACUCCUAUUUUAAGGCACUCCAAUGAUUUUUGGGGAAAAAAGAUCUAGCAAGAAAGAUGAUGACAGUUAAAAAUCAUUGUUACUUAAAGUUUCUGGGACAAUUCUCUAAAAUCUGGGAUGUUCUUUUCGCAUAACUGCCGAAAAUGUCUUGACUGAUUUGUGACGUUGCCACGAAAUCCUGACAAAAUAGCUGGAAAAUAAAAUAAAAUAAAAUUUUUGUACCUUUUAGUUGUAGCGUUAAUCCCAAGAGAAGGGAUUUCGCUGUCCAAUCCAAUAAAACUGUAUAAAUAUUUUAUUCAGUGCCACUUUGUCCUUGUUUUGUAUAAACGGGUCACAUUUUCGUAUGUAGAUAAGUCGCUUUGGCAAAAGGCACAUUUACAUUAAAGCGCGGUAUAUAUGAAUGUAUUAUACGAUAUAUCACUGGCUUUUCUUGAUUGUCUUUCGCGAAACACAAUUUAUACUUGGACGAAAAUGCAAGAGCUUUUACGUACUCUCGAGACUACGAUCCGGAAAGGGUGCAUCGCAAUGUACAAGCAAGUCAUAAUUCCGUGAACUGCGUUGGAAUAGCUUAUCUUAAAAUUUGAAAUUUUUAAAAGAGUGACCAGAAUAAACCUUGAAGUUCAGUAGACUACUGUCAAAGAGAUAAUUUUAAAAUUGCGUGAAUGCGUUCAUCACAAUAUACAUACUUAUGCAUUUCAAUUAACCCACAAGUCCACUUUUUCGAAGGCUUCUCUCAAGAGAAACGAUUUUUCAUCUCUUCUUUUCAGUCGGCAAACUUUUACAACUCUUUUUUCAUGUGUGAAAUUACAAAAUUGUAUAAAUCUACCCUACAAAACUGCUGAGGAAAUAUUAAUAAUUUGAAAUGAUCGUGUUAAAUAGUAUUUUUUUUCUUAAAGGAUAAUAAACAUUAACAUGUUUGAUGGUCAUGUCGAAAUAAACAAAUCUUGUGCUGACAAGUUUGACAAAGUGAACAAAUCUGCAUAUAUACUGUUGUAGUGUCUCUUGAAAUCAUAAAAAAAAGAUGUAUGUGUAAUGCAUCGAAACUUUCACCCUGCUGAUAUGUUUUCAAAAAUAGCUUUUUUUUCUAGGGGUAUGUCAUGUUCGGAAAGUUUGCUUCUGUGGGAUCCUCCACAUAAUGUAUUAUUUAUAUAUUUUCUUCUGCUAUACACUAUACAUGUAUGCCCAAUAUUUUGUCGCGUGUGGAAAUAAAGUGAGAGUGAUUGAA